ACAAUUGGCUCGUCAAAUUGACGCGAGGCUGCACUUCGAUCCUGAAAGCCCCAGUUCAACAAGUCGGAUAGCCAAAUGGCCCCGCUCGCUCUCCAGCAUCAAGGGGCCUCUAAGUGCCUCGCGGCAACCCAGCGCAAGUGUGCUCGCGUUGCGGCUCGCGUCCCCGCUCGUCUCAGCGUCAUGGCCCAGGCAGCUGCUGCGCCUGCUGACAACACUAAGAAGCUGUGGGGCGGUCGCUUCACGGGCAAGACGGACCCGCUCAUGGAGAAGUUCAACGAGUCGCUGCCCUUUGACAAGCGCCUGUGGGCUGAGGACAUCAAGGGCAGCCAGGCGUACGCCAAGGCUCUUGCCAAGGCCGGCAUUCUGGCACAUGACGAGGCCGUGACCAUUGUGGAGGGGCUGGCCAAGGUGGCUGAGGAGUGGAAGGCGGGUGCCUUUGUGAUCAAGGCGGGUGACGAGGACAUCCACACGGCCAACGAGCGGCGCCUCACGGAGCUGGUGGGGGCGGUGGGCGGCAAGCUGCACACCGGCCGCUCGCGCAACGACCAGGUUGCCACCGACUACCGGCUGUGGCUGGUGGGUCAGGUGGAGGUGAUGCGGUCCGAGGUGGGCGAGCUGAUGCGCGUGGCGGCGGACCGCUCCGAGGCAGAGGUGGAGGUGCUCAUGCCGGGCUUCACGCACCUUCAGAAUGCCAUGACUGUGCGCUGGAGCCACUGGCUGAUGAGCCACGCCGCGGCCUGGCAGCGCGACGACAUGCGGCUGCGGGACCUGCUGCCGCGGGUGGCCACACUGCCGCUGGGCUCGGGCGCCCUGGCCGGCAACCCCUUUCUGGUGGACCGCCAGUUCAUCGCCAAGGAGUUGGGUUUCGGCGGCGGCGUGUGCCCCAACUCCAUGGACGCGGUGUCUGACCGCGACUUUGUGAUCGAGACGGUGUUUGCGGCCAGCCUGCUGUGCGUGCACCUGUCGCGCUGGGCGGAGGACCUCAUCAUCUACAGCUCCGGCCCCUUCGGCUACGUGCAGUGCAGCGACGCCUACGCCACCGGCUCCUCGCUCAUGCCGCAGAAGAAGAACCCCGACGCCCUGGAGCUCAUCAGGGGCAAGGGCGGUCGUGUGCAGGGCAACCUGAUGGGCGUCAUGGCGGUGCUCAAGGGCACGCCCACCACAUACAACAAGGACUUCCAGGAGUGUUGGGAGCUGCUGUUUGACACGGUGGACACGGUGCACGACGUGGUGCGCAUCGCCACCGGCGUGCUGUCCACCCUGCGGAUCAAGCCCGACCGCAUGAAGGCCGGCCUGUCCGCCGACAUGCUCGCCACGGACUUGGCCGAGUACCUGGUGCGCAAGGGCGUGCCGUUCCGGGAGACACACCACCACAGCGGCGCCGCCGUGAAGAUGGCCGAGGACCGCGGCUGCACGCUGUUCGACCUCACCGUGGACGACCUCAAGACCAUCCACCCGCUCUUCACCGACGACGUGGCGGCGGUGUGGGACUUCAACCGCAGCGCCGAGAUGCGCGACACGGAGGGCGGCACCAGCAAGCGCUCGGUGCUGGAGCAGGUGCAGAAGAUGCGCACCUACCUGGCGGCGGAGGGACAGCACUGAGCGGGUCGGGGGAGGGGGGGCGGGUGUGUAUGUGUGUGUGUGUGCGUGUGUAAGUCUCGGUGGAGGGGUGGUCCUCUAUAUGGCGGCGGGGCCACAGGGGGACGGGUGUGACAGAGUUACGGCCGGAGCCAGCGGAGUCCCGGGAUGGAUUAAGGAUCUGGGCCGGAGACACAAAAGACUGGGGGCGGGACUUCGCAGCUUGCCACAACGUUGGGGAGGCAGCGCCUGCUGCUUGGGAACGAGGAGGGCGCGGCGGCCGCGCUCGAGGAGGAGGAUGCGGAUUGCGACGCGCGUGCGGAUGGGGGUUUGCCGGUGUCUGUGAGAGCGGCCUGGCCACACGGCCAAGCGGCCAAUGAAGGAAGCGGGCGCGCGGGUUCAGAGGGUGCGCGUGCGGUACGUAGGCGUGGCCAGGGCAGCGUGACGGAAGGCUCAUCGGUGGCUCGGGGCUUCCACCGAGGGUGCACAGAAGCUGCGGCUGCGCGGUUUUGUCGCCGGUGGGAACAUUACCUGAAUCCUGCAUGGGGGCUCAGCAGGAGUGGGCCGGGAGUGGGCGGGGAGUGGAAGAGUCAAACCCGCGGGUCGAGUACGGCCUUGCGGUUUUGGGCAGUCUUUUUAAAUAGAACAUGUUACAUGAAAGAGCGUCCAAAGCUGUGCAUCCAGACUUGCAGCGUCCGAAAACGGCGGAAGGGGGUGGGUUGGCGGAAGGUGUGGCCGGGAGUGGAUGGACCCGCGGGGCUGCCCCCACUCCAGGGCCCCCGGGUCAGACUGCGGCCGGCGCAGUCUGCUGCUGCAAUGCAAUUCGAGGCCUAGGGAACUUGGAAAGGAACU